AUGUUACCGAACGGCUUGGAUAAACCCUCACAAGAAGAAGCUAACGAAAAUCAAAUGAAGAGAGAUCAAUUUCGCGAUCAAGUGAGCAAACAAAUGGGAGAGUUGUUGCUUCUUGGCCAUACGAUGCUCGAUGCAUAUUGCCAGAUUUGCAACGGGAUUUUGAUGGAAUCUCGAACGGGGACAAGAAAGUGUGUGGCUUGUGAUAUUUGGGAUGCGAACAACCCAAAAAAGACGAACAGCAUCCAAACACUUUCUCAAUCAGCGUCAGUGCAACAAGACAGUGAAAUGCUGAAUUCAUCUGAAGGAGAACCAAAGCCCGCUAAUCGCAGUCAGUUGAAUGGCGUCAACGAGUCGAUUUUGAUGCUCGACAAAAAGAUAAGUUGGCUUACAAAGAAGAUGGAUUUAGAAAACGAAAUUGAGGAAUUGAUGAAAUAUUUGGAUCUCCUUCACAAAUUAGCUGAAACAAUGAAAGCAUUACAAUCUAUCAAU